AUAAGGUCCUGUUAUGAAUGAAGCUUUUCGACUAUUUUCGUUGUUCGGCGAAGUCACAUUAACUACACGUCCCGAUAAGAGAAUCUACUAUGUCACCAGUAUGCAAUCGAGCCAUGUUCCUUGAAUAUUAUCGUGUCGUUUAUAUAGGCACAGCCGUAUUGUGCAAAAUUUUUCCACACCUAAUAUUCGCUAAGGACCAAUCGAGGACAUGUGAAAAAAUGCGUUCAUUGGAUCAGCGCCUUCUUUUCCAAUGUAACCGUGAUGGCUAGCAUUAAAAUUGAGUUGAAACGAUGUUCGCAGAAGUCAUUCUGAAGAAAAAAAAAAAAAGAUUUUUCUUCAGAAUUACACAUCAAAGUUUUCCUCGGAAAAUUGUAAGUCUUGCAGUGAGUUUCACCUGUAUAAAACACGUUGAUUGAACUAUCGAGGUGGUCGAAAGUAUACAUUGCGCUCUGGCCAAGAUCUAAUCGUUGCGAAGCAGAUACGCGACAGAAAAAGUAAGCUGGUGCUGGCAACUCGAAAGCGAAACGCUGCGAACAAACAACUUUGCAUGCCUUCAAGAUGCUUUCCUGAAUAGGGCCAAACAGAAUAAUGUUUUGAAUGGAGAUCGUUUUAUUGUAUAUAAUCGAAAAGUACUACGCCACGAGGCAUCGGAGGCCUGGUGAGAGCGUCGGAGUAAAGGACGACAUUGAAGGCCUCAACCCGUGCAGAUUUUGGAAAGCAGCGGUUCCGUGUUCCCAGGCCUGGUAAGAUUAACAGGAUCGUUACGAACUCCACUACUACAGUUAGCAGACAUUAGUGCCACAGUCCCCGCUAGCCAAACGGGCUUGUUGUGUAAACGGAAAUCCCUUAAUAGACGUUAUUUUAUCGUGUCGGUUGCUGCUUGCACGGGUCCGUAUGCCACAUAGAAAUGUCAAGCCGCUCCCAGUGACGGUAUAUGCCACUUUCGAUAGGUGUGCCAGCGUCUGCCCACAGCGGUCUCCGGAGGUAAAUGAACUAAAGUGUGCCCAAGUACAAUAGCUAACUGAUCCUCACAAUCGACUUACAAACAUCGCCUAAUAUUCUUUCGGAAAGAGUAGCCGGCAAGCGAUUUUAUUCCAACCGGUGGACCUUCUAAGCUAUAGUGCACAAUGCACAGAUAGUGUAUCGGCAAGGAUACCAAUAUGUCAAGCCAGAACUAUCAGCAACGACGAAAGAGAGAGAUCGACUCUCGAACAUAGAGAACGGCUGUCAAUUACAAUCGUGACAAAACGAUGGAAAAACAUCACUUGAAACAGAGGAAAGCAACGAUCGGCAGCACAUCACCCCCUAAAAAAACGUGAACGAAAGGCUCCUGGACGCGUCUGCCAUGGCAAGGUCACCGUCGGUUCGACUAUUCUGAACGUAUUAGUUACACAUGGUGCGCGAUAGUGGUGUGUGUUCUCAGACUAGACAACGAUUGGGGACUAGUAACUAGCGCAUAAAGGGAGUGGAACGAGAUCUUUUUUCGUCCUCGAGAAAUCCCUCAGCGUACAAAGGAACACAAUGAACCCAAGGGAUCACAGCUAUGCGCCGAUACGCUUAUCAGCCGAUUAAGACGUCAGCGGUUCUUACCGCCUCCCUCCCCCUCCGCCCCCACCAGCUGGAACACUAUUGUAAGACUUCAAAGCGGAGGAACAACGACAAUAUUUCGAACAUGGCUUCAUAGAGUUAGCAGAAAGGAAGAGACGAUUGCCAAGUGGACCGCAAUUCCUACGUACAGCUCAAGUGUGUGACCUCACCCCGGACGUUAUAAAACGGCUGAACCGACCAGGCGGGGGAAUCGACUGGUUCAAGACACUAUGCGUCAUAGGGGGCGCAUACUUAACUAGUCUAACUUUUCCGGUCCCGAAAGCAGCUAGAACCGUAGAGGGAACAAAAUUUUUGAAGUAAUGGCUGAAAGAAGGUGACUGCUAUGCGGGAAAUCCCCCGAUAAACCAGCUGAUGAAAUUUUCUGUCACACGGCAAGGGCAUAGCAGCUAGAAGCAAUGAUUACUAGAGGGUUUCCGAGAGGAAAGGAAAAUUUUGACUAAGUAAGGACCGAAUGUCAGAAAAAAUCCAGGGCAAGUGUACAUAGGCGUUGCAAAUUUGUUGUCGGGAGACGCGAGAGGACGCUUCGAGCGAACGGCAAAUAAUGGGGCCGAUCAUCAGACUCAAAAACUGUCGGGUACUGCGUGGAAGAAAAUUUCAACAUGAAGACCUAUUUGUUCAGGAUGGAAAAAUCAUCAACUACCUGAGAGUUUUCUAUGAGCAGAAACGGAAGCCCGACACUGUGAUCGAUUGCAAGGGGCACAUUAUCGCACCAGGGUUUAUCGAUCUCCAAAUAAACGGUGCCUUUGGAUACGAUUUUUCGCAUAAUAACGAAACGGUCUCCCAUGCUGUUAGUGAAGUAGCACGAGAAUUGCUACCAUCAGGGGUCAUCGGUUUCUGCCCCACGUUGGUCAGUUCUCCACCAGAGGUUUAUCAAAGAGUUCUGAAGGCAAUAAAGAAAACCCAAGGCGGCAAGGAUGGCUCGGCCGUUCUUGGGCUCCACUUGGAGGGUCCCUUCAUCGCUAUGGCCAAGCGUGGCGCCCAUAACCCGAAUCACGUGCGCGAUCUUUCCGGCGGUAUAACCGAUCUGCGGGAGGUUUAUGGGGAUGACCUUUCAUCUGUUGCCAUUGUGACUCUCGCCCCUGAGCUUGAUCCAAGUGGAGUAGCCAUACAGCAUCUGAUUCGCCAAGGUAUUAUUGUCUCGCUAGGUCAUUCGAUGGCGAGCCUUGAACAAGGACAAACCGGAGCGCGACACGGUGCAACCUUAAUUACUCAUCUAUUUAAUGCAAUGCUUCCUUUUCAUCACAGAGAUCCUGGUUUCUUGGGCCUGCUUAGCUCGAGCGUGCAUGGUCAAGCUGUCAGAUUUGGCCUUAUAGCGGAUGGUAUCCAUACCCACCCAGAAACCUUACGAUUAGCCCAUCGGACCAAUCCAGAAAAUCUCGUCCUGGUUACAGAUGCCGUAGCAGCAAUGGGUCUUUCCAGCGGGACGCAUUUCAUCGGGGACAUGUUUGUAGUAACAGAUGGCAAAAGAGCGCUUAUUGAAGGCACUGAAACCUUAUGUGGGUGCAUUGGCACAAUGGAUGCUUGUAUACGGCAGUUCUACGCGUCUAGCGGGUGUUCUCGUGAAGAAGCCCUCAUAGCGGCAUCAUAUCAUCCUGCGCAGGUGCUUGGACUUCAGUCGAAGGGACUGCUUGAAAUUGGCUACGAUGCGGACUUUGUAAUUCUUGACGACGAUCUGAACGUGCUCUCUACAUGGAUUGCCGGGGAGAAAGUUUGGGAAAAACAGUAAAGGAACUCUGGGAAUAAAGGAAAUAAUGUUCGAUAAUUUCAAAAAGCACAAAAGGUAGUGAAAUAUAUGUAAAUAAAGCUUCUAACGAAUUUUGGUCGAAUUGUCAUUUGUAGCGACCGGUGCUUGUGCAUGGGCUUAUUUUAACCAACAAUAUUUAAGUGCAAUAGAAGCGCUACAUGCAUUUUGCCAUCGUCGUUUACCAUUAACUAUCUAUCACUAUCAACGGAGUGUAAUAUCUGCACAAUUUUAUCUUGUAUUUAAACGACUAUCAAACUAUACAUCUACGAAUAAAAAACCAUACAAAAUCUCAGAUGCUCAGAAGAAAAUUCCGAUUCACUUUUCGCUGUUCUCAAUAUAGCGUAGAAUGUUGCUAGUAAAUUGUUACAGCGCUUUUUAACAAACUUUACUGUAAAAAAUAAGUUUUUACGUCAUAGAUCCAUGACGUCAAGCGGAAGCGCAGCUUGUCUGUAAACGAAUUUUUUUUGUAUC